AUGUCACCCACAGCUGAACAGUGCUCUGCUCUUUGUUGUCUUUCCAGCAUUAAACAGCUUGACAGAUAUGGACAGCUGAUUCUGAUCAACUCCUCUGCAGCGGACACUGGGGAGUUCACCUGCUGGGCUCAGUACUGUGACAGCUACGGCUGCAAGAAGGAUGAAUCCAAGACUGGCUCUACGUACAUUUUUUUCACAGAUAAAGGGGAACUAUUUGUGCCAUCUUCUAGUUACUUUGAGAUUGUCUACCUGCACCCAGAUAAACCGGCCAUCAUUCCAUGCCGAGUGACCACUGCGUCUGCCAAAGUAACCCUACACAGGGAGUUCCCAGCUGAGGAGAUCAAGGCUGAUGGCACGGAGAUGACCUAUGAUGUGAAAAAAGGUUUUGUUUACCAACAUCCCACUACCAACCAAAGUGGAGUGGUCUACUGCCGAGCAGAGGCCAGAGGAGCACCACAAAUAUCUAUCAAAUACCAGUUACUUUAUGUAGAAGUUCCGAGUGGUCCACCCUCUGCAACAAUUACUUCCUCUACCAACAAGGUUCAUAGUGGAGGGGACUUCAGCAUCUACUGCACCGUCUUAGGAGAGCCUGAUGUAGAAGUAGAAUUUACAUGGAUCUACCCAGGACAAGAAUAUCAAAGGCCUGUGACCAUCCAAGACUCCUGGAGGCUGGUUAACCGUGGCAUUGGACACACCACAAGAGUCUCAAAAAGCAUCAUAACUGUGGAAGACUUUGAAACCAUUGAUGCUGGAUACUACAUUUGCAGAGCACAAAACCUCAGAGGACAGACAUCACUUGCUACCCGAGUGGACAGAUACUAA